GGUACCUAGUCCACAUUGCUGAUUUUGAAAUGGCUCCUUUGUAGGGAAACUUUGGCAUUUAUAGACCCACGGAAAGCUGGGCAAACUAAUCAAGACUCAGCUCACCCCCCAGCCAAACAGCCCUUCGGGGGACAAACACUUGCUGAUUAUUUUUUUAAACCUAUGAUAAAAUCUGAAAGCAACAAAAAGAAUCAUUCCAUUUCUCAAUGCAAUACUGGGAAUGUGAGCCCAGAUCGGCCAGUGCUGAACCUGUCCCCGUGCUCCUGCUCCCAUUGCGCUGCCAUAAAAGCAGGUCAGAGCCCCAGCCUGAGGUCUGUGCAACAAAGGAAGUUCCUGAACAGCACUGAGAACCACAGAAAUUGUUUUCAUAACUUUAAAUUUGCUGUAGGGCAUCAUGUUGGGUGUUAAUUCAUGCACUCCUAUUGUACUUCUUAGGCAUUAUAAAACUAGCUGAUUAUACAAGCCCAGCCCGGUGCCCGCACAUGUCUUCAAACGCUCCUACCACCCCUAGCCUGCAUCCCCAUUAGAUAACCUCAGUUUUGUAACUGGUCUCCUCGCCACCUCCCCUUCCAACACCUGGUCACCUGGAGACUUUAAAAAGCGCCUCAAAGGCACCCAGCUCCAUGAGCUCUCUUCACGAGGAGAUUUUCCUUUCUGGAAACAUGCCGGUGUCAGAAGAGCGCUUUGCUCCCGUGCCCCCGGCCGCCGUGUCCGAGGAGCCCCGGCACACGGACUUCCAGCUGGUGCGAGUCAAGAGCACGUGGUGCAGGAUCAAGAAAGGAGAAGCCCUUUCCGACUGUGAGGACAAGAUAACUCUCUCUGAAGCCAAAAUAGGUGAAUGUGUCUCCAAAAGUGGGAUUUCCUGGACAAUCGAAGCUCCCAUCUAUUUUUGCUACAAAGUGGUAGAAACGUACGAUAUUCUGGAUCCCUCUAACACCACUCUCCUCUGGGGUCACAUCACUGACCCCCAGCAGCUCGAGCUAGCCACUAGCGGCAAAAAGAGGCUGAGGCGCUUCAUUGUCAUAGAUGAAGUCGUUGAUGAACUUUAUGGCUCCAAAGUCAGGCAGUACUUUGAAGAGAAUGAGGUUCAGCACAAAAUCCUCGCCCUGCCGACCACCGAAGAAACGAAAUCCAUGGACCUGGUCUUGAACAUCCUGCAAGAAGUGCAGAACUUCAGCAUCGACAGGCGAACAGAGCCCAUCAUUGCCAUCGGAGGCGGCGUCUGCCUGGACAUCGUGGGACUGGCUGCGUCCCUCUACAGGAGACGCACGCCUUACAUUCGCGUCCCAACCACCCUCCUCUCCUACGUUGAUGCCAGCGUGGGAGCAAAGAACGGGGUGAAUUUCCUCCAGUGCAAGAACAAGCUCGGGGGCUACACUCCCCCCGUAGCUAGUUUCCUGGACAGGUCCUUCAUUCAGAGCAUCCCUCGGCGACACAUCUCCAACGGCCUUGGCGAAAUUUUAAAGAUGGCACUCAUGAAACACAAAGGGCUCUUUGACCUGCUCAAGAGCCACGGGAAAUACCUGCUGGACACCAAGUUCCAGUCUUGCAGUGGCCCUGCUGACCACGGCGAUGCUGCACUGCAGACCACCAGGAUUGCCAUCGAAACCAUGCUGGAAGAGCUGGCUCCCAACCUCUGGGAGGACGACCUGGACAGACUGGUGGAUUUUGGUCACCUUAUAAGCCCAGAACUGGAAAUGAGGGUUUUGCCGUCGCUGAUGCACGGCGAAGCCGUGAACAUAGACAUGGCCUUCAUGACAUACGUGGCCCAUGCGCGGGGGCUCCUCAGCGCCGGCGAGAAGGAGCAGAUCAUCCAGUGCAUGCGGGGCCUGGAGCUGCCCAUCUGGCACAGCGGCUGCAGCUGGGCCCUCAUCAAGAAGGCCCUGAAGGAGCGCCUGAAGCACAGCGGGGGGCUGCCUCGCAUGCCGCUGCCCACCGGCCUCGGCAUGGCAGACAUUUUCAAUGACACCAGCGAGGAGACCCUGGAAAGAGCGUACGAGCUGUGGGUCAGGGACUGCAGGACGGCACUGGAGGAAGGGCUGGCUGCCCUCUGAGAGCCGUGAGGCCUGGCCGAGGUCCUGCCCGUGUGUGGAGCUGCUCGACAUCAUAAAUGAGCGGGCAGGACUGAAUUUAAACAGAAUAAACACAGCAGCACCUGCGCACCCAUGAAAACUCCAGAGCUGCAGGGAGCAAGAACAACACUGGUGUCUGACCCAAUUUACCUCUUUUGGUUGCUCUAGCUGGAAGUGAAUUCGUUAGAGCAGCACUGUGCUCACACAGGGACCACUCAGCAGCGAAACCAUCCGCUGUAGGUGUUAGCGAGCUCACGUCUCCUUAGGUGGGAGGUGGGCGGUGUUUGUUCACUCACCUGGUUCAUCCGUCUCCACGGUCCUGCACAGCAUUUUCCCAUCGUUGCUCGUUGGACCCCUCAGGUCGACAGGCGUACAGCCUACAGACCACAGGGAAGAAGCAUCUUGAUAUCACCUCAUAAAAUCUCCACGCUAUAUAAAAUAUUUCAGAGGGAUAUCUCCCUCGUUGGUUUUGGCACCCUGAGUACUUCUCGCAUUCUCAGUUCAUUCAAAUUAGCAAGAAAAAUAAACAGCUAUCGGCCUUUGCUCUCAGCACAGGGGAACGGCAGCAGCAGGCCACCUCAGGCCGUCCCAGACCAGCAGAUGGCCCUGCUGUGACACAGGACUGGCUCUGUCCCUUGGCAGCCCUUACAAUCGCCCUGAUGUGCUGUCAGGCCUCAUCGUGCUGCUGAAAUCUACAGCAGUGGCUUUACUGCACAUCCCCUACAAACCGCUGGUGUGACAAAAAUGGUACCAUUUGCACCAAGCGUUGCCUGUGAACCAGGUUGAGCUUCAGGCUGGAGCAGCAGAAAGCCCUGGGCUCCCCUUCAGGGCGGGCUUC